AGCGAACGGAACUUUGCCCUGGCAACCCGGCGCAGUAUCCCCUCCAUGUCUGGGAGGGGCGAUGACAUUUUUAGCGUGUUCUUAUUCCUGGCGCGAAGGUCGACUACCACCCUUAGUCUGGGCGGAUUUGACUUCGCCUUCGGGAUCAGAAGCAUUGGCACAGUGUUGCCAGCAUUUGUCACCUUCCACCGGCCGCUUCGUAGGUAAACACUUCGUUUCUCAUCCCACUGGGGUCUUAGCGCUUCUGGGCACCGGGACGGCCGCCAUGGCAAGAUCAGCUUCUCGUCAAUCAGUGGAAUCGUGUGGUUUAUUUCGCGUAAAGGAGCUCCUGGCGUGCCGCCGUGAGAAUCUCUCCAUCAAGCUCAGUGGCGCUUGAAUGCAGCUGCGCCGUGGCCACGCCUCUCAGUGCCACGCCGUUCCCAGAAUCAUGUCGUAUCCGCUGAUAUUCGCAAUGAAGAAGAAUGGUUAAUUUUCGAGCGCAACCCCUGAACAGCCAACUGAAGUGUUAUGGGCUCAUCAAGUUGUUCCCUGCGUAGUUUCAGUUGGUCCGCCGCCGUCGUGGAGAUCAGAUCUCCCAGCGAGCCAGAGUCCACCAGCGCACGGACGGGUUCGCCGUUCACAUUCACCACAAUGACCAGUGGUCGGGCGACCAUCCUAGCUGGCGUCCGAGGGGUGGACGAUGCCCUGCCUAUAGCAUGCAUCCGAUCAGGAGGCACCUGGGCGCCGCAGCAUCGCAACUCUUCGCUGUAACCCUCUGACUGCUCGCCGAAAAGGCCAGUGAAGAACCCUACUUCUUCGAGCUCUUCUUCUGCUAACUCGCAGUCAGCCCGACGGCCCCUCCGCCGCGGCCUCUUCAUCAAGCAGUCCAGCAGAUUCAUUUUUGGGUUCAGCAGCCAUGAGGACGGUACGAGCUUAAUUCCCCCGUUCCUCCGCUUACUCCUUGUGACCCGAUAGUGACUGGCUCGUGGGGUCGGGCGCCAUACCCGACAGAAGUCCGACGCACGGGGGUCCAAUGCCCUCAUCCUGCGGAAAUACUUUAGCGUCCCAGCGGCUAGGAGGUCGAAGCGCUCUCGAAGCAUGGCCGCAUACCAGCCUGCAAGCUCGAACGUGGGAGUGAGAAGAUGUUCUCGCCUACCGUGUGCGCGCUGAAUCUCACGGCUUCCGCGUCGGCGGCUUCUCCCCGAGCCCGGUCGUCCCCCGGAUAUGGCGCUCCAAAGCGCAGGUGGUCGACUGCGCCCUCCGCCAGGAGAUCACCCAAGCGAUCGUCCUUAGGUCGAGACUGCAAGGGUCCCAUCGCGGUACCCUGCUGCUGUUGCCGCGCUUCCUGCAGCCAGUUCCUGCGCCACGCACUGAGAUCGAAGGUCGGAUCCAGCAAGUGUUCUCGCCUUAGCUCCGCGCAAGCCCCGUGGGCCAGGCCAGCCACUUUGCUCCCCUGCUCCAUCUCCUCGAGUUUAAUCAACGCCAUUGCCAACGGCGCAUCGCCCAGCUCGACCGCAAACGGCUCGCUCUUCAGCAACAUCUCGUCGUCCUGACCGAGCUCCGCCAGACAUUUCUGCGCCCAGUAAGCGCCGAUCCUAAACUUGGGAUCCAGAAGGUACUCACUGGGCACAGUGCAUUGUUCCACGUCUUCGAAAUCCAGUGGGGUUUCGGCGUCCGCGAUGGCGUGCCGGCCGUCUUCCAGGGCGUACAGAUGGAACCUGUUACGGGUGGGCCCGGGGGCUUGUCGUCACCAGGGAAGGGUUGACAGCACUCCAGCGCGAGGGCGGCAAACUGCGCAGCGAGGUCGCCCACCAGACAAGGGUCUAGGGUCAUUCCCGCCAAUCGCUCGCUCAGAUCCGACAGGUCGUCCUCGUCCGGCAGCGUUUCCAGCUCACGCCCUUCGCCUUCCAAGUACCUCCGUCGUAUCCUGGAGGGACGAGCUGGCCAGACCCACAGCGUGAGACCUCAGUCCGGGUGGUCUACCCUUUGUGUCGGACUUCAUGGAGUCCUUUAGACAUCAAGUCUUUCUUCUUCUGAGGGGAAAGAGCCCGCUCCCAAGGUCUUUCCGCUGGUCGUUCUGGGUCACCGCGACCGCUGCGUGGUCGCGAAUCGUUAGUCUUCUUUGGCGUUACCACCUCCGCCGCUGCCGCUCGCAUCGCUGCCCGGAACCUCUUCGGCGGAAAGCGUUGUUUCUGGCGGGCCGUCUGCGAGUCUUGAGUGGUCGGUUGCGUCUGCCCCCGUCUUUUUUGAUUUGAUUCGAUACUCAGGAAUCGCUCGACUCUCUCCGCGGUCCGCACCACUUUCUUCCAGUUAGACGUCUCGGGAUCAAGCUCGAGCCGAUACAGCUCCUUCUGUAUCUCCUCGUUGAAGCUCUGCCACAACACCGCAACGCGCUCUUGGUCUUUGGGCGCCCCGAUGAGGAGCAGCAGGCUCUCGAAUUCAAACGGAAAUCGGGCAAGAAGCAGUAUUUAAGGAGUGAC